AUGAAUCAGCCUAAUAAGCAACCAAUUUAAUAACAGCCACAGUUAACAAAUGCAAAGAGAUAGUCAGCUAUUUAAUUAAAAAAAUAUAUUAAUCAAUUGUAAGGAACAGGAGUCUUGGGUAAGAAAUCUAUUUAUUCUUUAGAUUAUAAAAUAUUUGGUAAACAUCAUGAUAAUGUUUAUUUUGAUUAGGGGGAAAUGGAAAGAAUUUUAAAGAAAGUUCCUGGCACUUAAAAUGGCAAAAUAUCUGUGCAAGAUCUAAAAAAGAGAAUGUGUAAGAAGUUACAAUAAAAUAGAAUUAUGUAAUCCUAAUGCUGAUAUAUCACUAAUAAAUACAGUUUUUCAAGGGAAACAAGAAGUUAGUGCUAAAGAUAUUUAUGAAUUAUGGAAUGGUGAACCUAUUACAGAUUAUGAUCCAUUAUAAGAAUGUCUAAAUUUACUUUGUGAUCAAAAUGAAAUUCUUGAUCUUAAUAAGAUGAGUUAACUAAUGGAAACUCUUGGCUAUUAAAAAUUAGAUAAAUAAGAUCAAGUUAUUUUGAUUGAAAUAUUUGACAUAUAUAGAGAUAAAAAAAUAGAUAAAAAAGACCUUAUGGCUAUAUUUACUUAUAUAUUGUAGCAUACGACUGGAAUUUGA